AUGCAGCAACCUCCGAUGAUUUUGAAUGUUCAGCAAAAUGCGCCUCAACAACCUUACUACCAACCCCCACCCUCCCCGCAACCAAUGCCGGUCGUUAUGCAGCAAAGAAAGUCGGACAACUCAUGCGCCUAUUUCAUCGUCGGCGUAAUUUGCUGCCCUUGCAUUUUCUUCGUUUUUAUGAUUAUCCUUGGAGGCAUUGGAGCAGCUGUUUCACGGGAUAACUUGGGGCCCCGUAACAACCCGUACAAUUUCACGACUGAGUUUUCUGAUCAAGGAUCGAUUAAUUCAUUGAUUGUUGGAAUCUGCGAUGGUGAUAACGAGUACUCUGUUUCUGGCACUGGAACUUUUCAAUCAUCGAAUUAUCCAGAGAGUAACUACAACUCAAAUUCUCAGUGCACCAACAGAUUCUCCUCCUCAACGGAUGGACUCACUUUCGACUUCACUUCCUUUGAAAUCGAAGAAUUUUGGGACAAUCUCGUUUUCCGUGAUGACGCUGGAGAACAAUAUGCCUUCACUGGAACUCAAUCGGAAACACGAUUCUCCUUCGCUUCGUCUUUCGUCGACGUCCAUUUCCAAUCCGAUCACGUAGUGCAAAAGGCCGGCUUUUCCGUCCAAGUCUCUGACGGAUACGAAGAAGAUAACGAGGUCUCAAUCAUUUAUCCAGAUGUCAAGUUUACCGGAGAAACUCCAGAAAAAGAACAAUGA